AUGGCCGCCCCUCCAGUCGACCCGCUGGCUGCCGCCACCCAGAACUUGAUGGCCGCCGUGCAAGGCUACGUCCGCGCCGCUGUUGCUUCCGAGAUGGCCAACGGCCCGGUGCAGCCCCGCCUCGCCAACCCCGACUCUCUCCGUGCCCGUCUCGACACCGCCAUUCAAGAGAAUCGCGACCUCACGGAGAGGGUCAAGAAGCUCGAGACAGACCAGGACAAGAAGAGGGAGACUGUUGGUAGGUUUCUGUCCUACACCGGCAUCGACUUCGAGGCCCAAAGAGCCUCCCGCCACUCGGCGGCCAAGCUUGAGUUCCAUUUCUUCAAGAAGCUCCCUCUCGAGCUCCGCAUGAAGAUUUGGAAGUUCGCCCUCCCCGGCGGAAGGAUCUUUGAGAUGACUGGGCCCGAUGGCCACUUCCACCGCAUGAUGCGCGCCCAUGAUCCCAACCAGGCCAACCCCGCCACCGUCCGUAUGAACUCGGGUCUGCCUGAGAUGUGCGUCACCACCCACAAGACGCCCAAGCUCCGCCUCGCUUGCAAGGAGGCCAACGCCGCCUUCAAGGAGGCAGGCGCCUUUGAGUUCGGCCUUUUCGGUGGCGAGUACAAGGGCGUCUGGUUCAACCACUCCGAAGACAUUCUCUACCUGCGCGCCGAGCCCUCCAGCUGGACAAACAUCGACAUGUCCCGCAUCGUCCGCGUCGCGCUGCCCCACACCAAGCUCAUGACCAAGGACAACUGCACCGCCAAGAUGGACACCAUCCUCACCCACUUCACAUCCUGCCGCGAGGUCAUCAUGCUCCAGGCCGUUGACUGGGAUUAUCGCUCCUGUCUUCCUCCUCCCCGCCUGCCCGCGAAGCUCUACCCUCUUCAGGCCGACGACACCAUCGGCCACCACGACUACCCCAUCGAGAUGUCGACGGAGAUAGGAAACGUCGCCGUCUGGAGGGACGUCAAGCGCAUCGUCGAGCAGCUGUGGAUGGAGCACGUGGUCCAGACCAAGGGUCUCAGCCAGGGCAAGGUGCCCAAGUUCGUCGGUAUGGAGAUGCUGAGAGCCAAGCACACUCUGUUUGACUAG